AUGGUCGAUACAUCUGAUCUCCUCCCAAAAACCCCAAGAUACUUAAAAGUCCCAUUAAUUAUACUCAAUGCAGUCCUUUGGGUAUUGGGUAUUAUUUUAAUUUCACUUGGUGGAUAUGCUAGUUCUAAAUUAUCAAAUCUCAAGGAACUUAUUAAUAUUUCGUUGCCAGUUGGUAUUAUUGUGAUUGGUGUCUUUUUCGUGAUUCUCACAAUUGUAGGUUGCGUUGUCGCCUACAAGGAGAAACUCGUUGGUUUGGUCGUCUACACUGUAUUCAUGUUGAUUCUUUUGGUCUGUUUGAUUGGUGUCGGUGGUGGUGCUUUUACCUACCGUAACGACGCCGAGACUCCACUCCUCAAGGCUUGGAACCUUGCCACCCACUCUGAAAAGGGUCUCAUGGAAGACUAUUUCGUGUGUUGUGGUUGGUCUGCCGAGGUCAUUACCACCAGCAAGAAUGUCAGUGGUAUCUAUGACCCAUGUCUCACCUAUGCCCCCGAAAACGACCCAACUCCAACAGUCCGUAACUCCACAUACGGUCCAGAUUAUGCCUGGUGCGGUGAGACUAUUGUCGACUUUGUCCAAAAGAACCUCUACAUUGCCGGUGCUGCUGGUCUCUCGAUCGGUAUCAUUGAAUUCAUUGCCAUGCUCUUUGCCCUCUUCUUGAUUGUCCGUAUUUGCAACAGUCCAAGAUCAAAGUCAUACGAUUAA